UUGCUGAUAUUUCAAAUUAUUAUCCUCUAUUAGAAGUUAAAGAAGAAAAUACCUUCGUCAACUUGUCUGAAGAUAUUUAUACUUCAAUUAAAAAUUUAAAUUCCUAUCACUAUACCAAUUCCAAUACUUGUGAAUUACAAUUUAAUGAUCAAGUUUAUGAACAAGAAUCCAUUAUAAUUAAUUCAGAUGAAUACUUGAUAAAUGCCAUUGAUGAUUCAGAUAAACACUUAAUGGAUAAUGUUGAUGUUAACCAAGAUUUAAUCUUGUUUCAAAACUGGAAAAAUGAAAAUUUUAAAUUGUUUGUAGAAAUAGGAAGAGAAGACGGGAUAAAAAAUGGCAUUAAAGCAGGAACUUUAGAAGGUCGAUUACUUGGUUGCGAAAAAGGUUAUGAAUUAUUGAGUGAAAUUGGCUUUUAUGAUGGUGUAGCUGAAAUCUUAAUUAAACAACUUACUUCUCUACGAGAAUUAAUUUCAACAUUCCCUAUUGAAAACCAACAAAACGUAGAAUUUUUAGAUUUAUUGAGCAAAGUUCGAUCAAAAUAUAAGGUUUGCACAUCGCUUUUAGGUGUAACUAACUCUCAAAAAUUUAAAAAGACUACUGAAUCCGCACCUCUAGUUUAA